UGGUGCGAUCCAGGAGGAUCGCUCCAAAAUAGUAAUGUGGGAUGGCGCGUGGAUCUUCCGGGCGUCGAGCGCGCGGCUCCUGCGCCAGCACCACGCCUUGAAUGGCGCCGCUUCUUCCCACUGCUCGGAGUGUCCCCGGCGAGCGACGGAAGCGGCCUAUCUUUUUUACCUCAGGCAGAAGCGUCCCCGGUGGCGCAGCUCCUUCUUCAGUUAGAUUUUCUGAGAAGAACUGACCGAAACUCGAUAAACUUUACGUCGGGCCACGUUGUCACAGCGGUGGGCGAAGUCCAAAGUCUUAUCUCAGAGUGCGGCUAUGAUUGGUCGCCUAAAAUGCAACAGAAACUAGAGACAACUCUGAACUCAUCAGCUAACGUUGAAUACGCGUUACGGUAUGCAACAAUGGCAUUAAAUUUUCUGGUACGAGAGGUCCUGCUCUAUUUAGCACCGGACGCCGCACCCCUUGAUCAACUCGCUACCGUUGAGAGUACUAAGAAAGGAGCUUUUUGUGAUAGCUACGAUCAAAUAGGGCUCCUCCACGAGUUGGCCCUGAUCUUUUCACGGUUUCCUACAAAAAUGCAGAAGCGCGGUGGCCUAGGAGCCGUGCAUCGUGCGCUACGAGGCGGUCGCGCAUCUCCGCCGCCUCCCACAUCUGCUGCGUCUCUUAGUUCGGUCGGGACGACGCCAUCUGCCACGAUUGCCGCGGCGGACUCCUCUUCUGUCACGGUCGCGACGUUGUCGUCGGCCCGGGACGCCACGAUGGAGCCCGUAUGCCCUCCACUACCUCCUGUGCCUCCUACAUCGUCUAGUUUGGGCGGGACGCUGCCAUCAACCGAGUCGGUCGCGCCGUCGUCCUCCUUGACAAAUAAUGUCAAACCCACGUCCGACACGGCCGCCUCGACCAAGGCCUAUCCAUCAGAAGGCGCCCUCGCCGACCUGAGAAGAAGACUAGCCUCCCGGGAGAACAAGGACAAUAGCCUCGGCGCGACCGCCAUGGUUGUUGAUGAGAAAAGCUCGGCGCCGGACCCUCAAGUUCUCGCGGAGCUGAUCGAGAAUUACUCGUUUGAUUUGCCGGACGGCUCCGAAGCUUUAACAAAAAAAGACAUCAAGAUUGGCGACGUCUUAUAUACUGUUCCUAUUAACAAUGGCUCGAUGCCCCUCUGCCGGGUUGAGAAAAUCAGCGGUGGUUAUGUUCAUGUGAAGGACUCCACCAACAACGGAGGGGGGAAGGCCUCCAAGCCUCGCCCGGGCAUGCUGAGAAGAGCCUCUCGGGAUGAUGUUAAUAGGUUCCCUCCGAAGGACGGGCCCUUGACGGAGGCGCCGCUCCUCGCGACGCCUCCGCCACCGAUCUCGCUGCCGCCAAACGAUAUUAUUACUAAGGUAGUUGAUGGACUGCGCUGCCUUCUUUUAGAACGGGACCUCCGCUUCGGAGGAUAUGGCGACAAGGAGAGACGCCGGAUGCAAUCUCCAGUCGAGACCGUAUCUGAUGCUUUAGAUCUGCUUCAGUUCGUAGUUUGUACCUUAGACGGCGCCCUCUCGGCCAUCGACGGAGAUAGGAAGCGGACGAUAGGUCAAAAAUCGCUCGAUACAUUUAAUAGGGAGGUGCGGCCUCUGGUGCUGUUCGAGUCCUUGCGGAGCCUCCUCAAAGAGUGGGCCAAGGUCCCGGAACACGUAAGACCGCCGUUCCUUACUACCCCGGUCGCCCAAGCCAGCAACGACUCAAUCCUCACAAAACCGCGGGACCGCAAGACGACGGAGCGAUUAGCGGAUGACCUGGACGCGCAGAAGUCUUCAUACUGUGCGCGGUACGCGGUGCGGCCGGAGACGGAGGCGUCGUGCGCGAACUGCGGCGUGGCGUUUACUUAUACUGGUCAUGAGCACCGCUGGAAGUGCUCGAAGGACGACUGCAAGAAAGUAUUUUGCGGUGAGUGCGCUGGUCUGGCUUCCCAACAACCCUUGAACAGCAAGUGGGUGUGUCGCCUCUGCAAGUCCAGUGAGCCUAUCGACGUAGUAAAGCCGACGCAAACAAGUGGAAGUCUGAUUCACGGCAGCAAGAUUAGGUUGUUAGUUACGGGCCGCAUUAGAUUAGCGUUGGGCGAUGACUACGAACCGUACUGCAAGUACAUGGGCCCCAAGUUCGGGAGCAAAGCCUGGUAUGAUUUAGAGGUGUUCACUGGAGCGUACGAGGGCGAAGCGGCGUGCCGCCGCUUCACGAAAAGCACCGAGGGCACGGCGUCCAUCCUCAUUGACUGGAAAGGCAACGGCGUCUUCGCGGUCUUCGACGAGUUCUGGGACUACUGCCGCGAGCCGGGCGAGACGCCUCUCCAAGUAGCGGAACGCAUGACGGUCGAGGUCCACCCGGGCUUUGAGGUCAUCGCCGGGCUGUUCAGGUGGGGUGUUCUAGAUUAUUUAGAUGGUGCCAAGGGCGGCUUUGUUGGUGGCUGGCGCAUGCAGAAGCUGCGCGACGACCAUGGCGUGGGCCAGAGUUCCAUGCCGACGGUGUCCGACUUCCUAGCCUUGCCGUACCAGGAGUGCCUCGAGCACCUCAACGACCCGGAGUGGCCGACGCCCGAGCUCAAGGACAUGUUCUGCGAGUACGGCGCCGAGGAAGCACGGCGCCUGGCUAGUUCCGGUCCCGACGUCCCGCCGGCGCGGCAACCCGCUCAGGGCCCGGGCUCGCGGAACCACGCGUUGGAGACGCCGGCGGUCAUCGUGGCGGACCGCGCGGACCGAGAUGUUCGGGAGCGCGCGACCCUCGAGUUCCUUUUGGCGUUCAAGGCGGGCCGGCUCCACGAUCCUGCGAUGCAGGUCAUCGACGGCCUCCACCGUAUCUCUGGGUGGCUCUCAAUCGCCUGCGCGGACGGCAACCUCGGCGCGGACCAGCACAUCAAGCAGCAGACGCCCCUUUACUUAGCAGCGGUUCGGGUCCGCGAGCUGAUGGGUGAAUCUGAGACGCGCGGGCCGUUCAUCCGGUCCCCGCUCAACAAUUUCCUUUGUACUGGAGCCGGAGACGGCAGCGACCUCGACAAAUUACGCCAUCACUGGAACGUCUUCAUGGGCGCGUCCUGGCGCGCGCGCUACCGCGAGACGCCCACCUCCGAGUACAAGUACGUCGAGCUCACCGCUGUGUGGGAGAAACACGAUCCCGCGGCGCGCGCCGCCGGCCCGGAGGCGCUGCCGGCGCCCUCGUUCCGGGCUCCGCGCUCGCGCAACUGA